UCUUCUGUCAUUAAAAACAUAAGAUUUUUGAAUUCAAAUUAGAUUAAUCAGUAUCAAAAUUAUGUGAAAUUUAAAGAAAUCAAAAUGUCAAAUAUUGCAUCGCAGCGCAUAAAGCGCGAAUUCAAAGAAGCCAGCAAAAAUGUAGGCAAUUCUUCGGAAACAAUAAAAAUAGAAAUGAUUCACGACAGUUUAACAGAACUUAAGGGAGAAAUCAUCGGACCACCGGACACACCUUAUGAGGGAGGACAUUUUAUUCUUAGGAUUGAUAUACCCGAAUCGUACCCUUUUAAGCCACCGCACGUGCAAUUUGUCACCAAAAUUUGGCAUCCGAAUAUUUCUUCUGUGACAGGUGUUAUAUGUUUGGAUGUUUUGAAGGACGAAUGGAUUGCGGCGAUGACUUUAAGAACAGCCUUGCUGUCAAUACAAGCGUUGUUAUCUUCAGCAGAAGCGGACGAUCCCCAAGACGCAAUGGUAGCGAAACAAUUUAAACGGCGACGUGAUCUUUACGAAUUAACAGCCAAACAUUGGACAAAUGUCUAUGCCGGUGGGCCCCAUAUUUGCCCAGAUUGCGAUGAGAAAGUUCGUAACUUAACCGACUUGGGAUUUGCAAGCGAUAAUGCGAGAAGCAUGCUCUCAUGCUGUGAUUGGGAUAUUGAAAAGGCUCUGGAUCAACUAUUUGGCUAA